CUUCUCUGGGCCCCGAUGAAACUCCCAUACGACCCGUUGCCCGCGAGCUGCAACGUGGCGCGCGGUACCGCGUUGUCCUGCAAUUUCGCCCCAGCACCGUGCAACAAUGUUGCUCCGCUCAUGGAGCAAGGGUUGUUACAUGGCGACGGCCAAUUGGUCGGUCCGCAGUUGAAGACUUGCGCGACAACGAAUCCAUCGAACUGGAAGAAUUGUCCCCAACUGUUGACGGGGCCGGUGGACGUGGAGGACCUCGCGAUGUACUUCGACCCGUCGGCGGACAAGCCGGCGAGCAACGGCGGUCGCGCGAUUUACUCGAGAAGACCGAGAUUCGCGAGGGUGGACAAUCAAACGCGGCAGGUUCGUCGUGAACGGCUCGACGACGGCCCGGAGAGCGAUAUGGUGGACCCUUAUUAUCCUCCGCGGCCUCCUUACUUAGAAUCCGACGAGCUGGGCUUCGCCGGUCUACCGCGACCUUGCCAGGUGGGGCCGCAUGACUUGGCAAACGCGACGCUGCGACCUUGCGUUUUCGGCGAAUCGAACGAUUCGCCGAUCUGCGGCGGGCUACCGCACCCCCCCGCUGAGUCGGCCGAACUAUCGCGACCUCGUGCGCUUCUUCCGGGCUUUUACGAUCAGCGAGCGACGUGCGAUUUGAGGCUCGGUGAUCCGCGAUCCCGCACUGCGGCGGCGUGUGAGCUGGACAUCUGCGAACUGGGGCGAGAUAAUCUGGGACACGGUGAUCCGGGCGAUUGGUUCUGCAACGACUGUCCGGAAUUGUUCAAUUUCUGCAGCGAGAAACGCUGGCUGCAGUGCCCGGCGAGCGAUCGCUGUCCCCUUUACGACACCUCGUACGAUCAUGGCGCGCCCCUCUUGCCGCCGUGCAUGUACGAGAAUCUGCAUAUGGAUUACAACAAUAACGAUUAUUGGCGUUACGGCUACGCGGAGGACGACCAGCUUCUCGAGGAUUAUCUGAGUAAUGAGAAGAGGAAGGAGAGAUCUCGCGAUGCAGCACGUUCCAGACGCAGCAGAGAGACCGACAUUUUCACGGAGCUUGCAGCCGCCCUUCCUGUCAAACCGGAACAGGCAAUGCACUUAGAUAAAGCCAGUGUCAUGAGAUUGGCGAUCGCCUACCUCAAAGUCCGCGCUGUUGUUAAUUCCAUUCCAGCUUCGAUGGCGAAGUCCGAGUCGUCCACGGAAAUGGACGAGCUGUUUCCGAAAGCCCUCAACGGUUUUAUGUUAGUACUGUCCAGUGAUGGCAAUAUGGUCUACCUGUCGGAGAACGUCAGCGAUUAUCUCGGAGUGUCACAAAUGGACAUGAUGGGUCAGAGUGUCUACGAAUACAGCCAUCCCUGCGACCAUGACGAGUUGCGCGAGUGCCUCUCGUCGAAACCGUCGGAGAAGAGCGAGAAACGUGCCUGCAGUUUCUUCUUGCGGCUCAAGUGCACCCUUACAAGUAAGGGCAGGAAAGUCAACUUGAAGAGCGCGUCUUAUAAGGUAAUACACUGCACUGGCAAAUUGACCAAUAUCCGCGAUUCGAACUCGAACUGCGUAGAGGUCGAUAAUGAGGAGCGAGGGAAGGAGGACGAGUCCGCAGAAAUCGACAACACAAAUAUUUCUCUAGUGCUCGUGGGUAGUCCUAUACCUCACCCCAGCAACAUCGAAAUACCCCUGGGACGCCAUACGUUCUUGUCGAAGCACAGCCUCAGCAUGAAGUUCACUUACGCCGACGAAAAAUUGGCCGAGUACCUGGGCUGGAACAGCGAGGAGCUGAUGGGACGGUCAGUCUUCGAGUUCUAUCACGCGCUUGAUAAUUUUGCACUGGACAAGUGUUUCAAGUGCCUAUUCAGCAAGGGCCAGUGCGAGACCGUGGCGUACAGAUUCCUCGGUAAAAAGGGCGGCUACGCCUGGGUCAUCACUCAAGCCACCCUCAUCCACUGCUCCAAACAACAAAAACCGAUCUCCGUCGUAUGCGUCAACUACAUCCUAAGUGGGAUCGAACACGAGGAUGAGGUGUACAGCGAGCGUCAACUGGCCGGACGCGACAGCGCCGACCUGGUGAAAUCGGAAGCUUCAUUGCCGGCCUUGGUGCCGACCGCUAGCGGACCGCCGGCCCCGACGGGCGACGAAGACGACGACAAGAAGGAAGAGGAGGCAGUCCCAGCGGACGUCGUCAACGUGCCGGAAGAGCCGGCGAUCGUGGACGACGACGCGCUGAGGAAGAGCGACCGAGACCGUCCGAGACCGCUCACCGUCACAGCCUCGAUCUUCCAACGCUCGUUGAACUGGGACGAUUGCGGCAAGGACGAGUCGCGGAAGGUCGACGGUUUCCUGAGGUCGUUCCAGAACGAGAAGGCGUCCGUCGGCGUGCGGACCCUCAAGGAGUCCCCGAAGCAGCCCAUCCUUAACGCCACGACCAAGUGGUUGCAAGACAGCAAGUCGGCAGCGGCCGAGCGGCAGGAGGACUGCCGCCCGACGUUCGCGAGCACGCCCUUCAUAUUCCAGGGUAAACCGGCGAUCGAGCGCGAUUCUUCAGAUAGUCCCGGACGCAGAGGACGCCCGCAGGCGGUCACGAGGCACCUGUUCGCGCCGCUCGCGCAACAGUCGCAGCAGGAGCAACAGCAGCAACAAUUAUCCUGCCGACCGUCGCCACAGACAGCCACAGCGAGCAUCUUCGCGCCUCGUACCGAGGACAUGAACAAGGGCUUCUUAACUUUCAGCGAAGAUCAGCCGGGUCUUACCAUGUUGAAGGACGAACCAGAGGAUCUGACGCAUCUAGCGCCCACGCCUGGCGACGUGUGCGUACCUCUGGAGGACCCGCCUUUCUUAUCAGACAUGUUGGACGAUAUCCUCGGCAGUGACAACUACUGCCAACUGCUGAGCCCCAGCGGAGUCCUGGCACCGGAACUGAGAUCAACCACGGACCUCGGCGAGUCCCUCAAGGACGCCGACUUGGUGGAUAUUACCAGGACUAAAGCUGAUCGCCUAGCCGACAGUGAUCCUUUCAUGUACGGCGAUUCGCCUGAGAGUCCUUGUGGCAUCGACCCAAGCGUCGUGUCGCCGUCCCUCUCCAAAUACCGGCAGAGUCCCGAGCGCAGCGUCGACUCACUGGGUAGCCCUACAGGAGGCAGCGGCGGCGACGGCCUCUCCGAGGAUGAAAUGCUGAUGUUGGGCAUUAGCGAUAGCAUAGCGGACGAUGAGCUUGCCCUUAGAGCACCCUAUAUCCCGAUGUCCGAUCAAGACGAGACGUUGGAACUGCUCAUCAGCGACGACAUGGUUAUGUGGGGCUCGUCGCAGCCCUCCGACAAAGGAUCCUCCAAGUGGCUGGCCGAGGAUCGGGAGCAACGCGGAUCCGAGUCGAGCCUGGCGCAAUUGCUGCGAACCGAGCAAGUGGCGUCACGGCGGUACAACGACUAUGGCGGGGGUCUGGUGAACCCUGCGCAGAUCUUCGGGCAGAUGCCUAAAAAAAAUACAACUUUCGAGUCCGGACGAUGGUCCACCGGCCAGGAACGGACCGAUCGUCCUAGCAAGCGCAUCCAUACGCCUUGUGCGGACUCGGAGAGUGAGCACAAGCGUCUCAAAUGCGAGAGUUCGCCGUUCGAAAGGCGCGACGUCGUUCUGGCGGUGCGGCCCGACGAUGACAUUUCGCUGACGCGGCAGCAGCAGCAGCAAUUACAGCGGCUGUCAACGACGACCAUUCGUAGGAAGCAGACACUCGGCGGCGUCUGUGGCAGCCAGUUGCUGCGCUGUCUGGUCUCACAUACCCCAGGCAUCACGUCGCCACGCACCUACGACGACCUGGGCGGCGCAUCCUCGUCGUCGUCGUCGUUGUCGUCGUCGCCGAGCAGCGAGGCCGGCGGGCUGAAUCGCGACACGCCGGAGCGCGUCCGCGCUCUCGACGGCAUCAUCGACUCCCUCGCUGAAUCGGAAGGCGACCGUGGCGGGGGAGGAGGUGGGGGCGGUCGUCGCGGCGACAGCCAAGGCGGUCGCGACGGCGACCACCACCACCAUCGCGGCCUCAACGGUUUGGACAACAUCGACGCCAAUCGGAGGAAUCCAUCCUGCGGCAUCGGCAGCAGCGUACUAAUGAAUCUCCUGGUUUCCGGCUGCGACGACGCCCUGAUGGACUCCCGCAACGUGCCUACGUGCCUGUUACCAAGGAACUUGACGUCCCCGUUGUCGGUCAACGUGGACAAUCAGACAGUGCCGCAGUGCGUGGACGUGAAUAGCGUUGUAUCUCUGGACCACUUUAGCCCAGAUACCAGAAGACAGUUGAGCGGGCCUUUUACCGGCGGCGGCGGCAGCAGCAUGGCGUCACCGCCAACGUGCGCGAUGUCGUUCGACAGCUUGGACUACGAUGUCGGUGGAUCCGCCACGUGCCUCUUGCAAGUUGGCCCAGACCUACUCGGCGGCUUGUUGGAUCGUAAUGUGGUGUGAGCGCGCGUAUAGAAUUGUAAAUUGUAACAUUGCCUUGAGCGUAUCGGCGACCGGACGAAAUUAGAAGCGGUCAGACACUGCGGACGUGUUUAGCCUGCUAUGAGACUAUCAGUGUCAAAUCUAAAUCUUGUUAAGAUUAAGUUGGUUGAAACUAACUAACAGGUAGGGCUACUUUCACCAAACUCAGAUCGAACUAAUCGAUGAAUAAUAAUAAUAACUGCCAAUACCAGUUUCCAAAGGACCGAAACCGUUUGUAUUUAUUUAGUAACUACGUUAUUUGUGACGAUUAUGUUGUACUAUAUUAUUGUAAUAUAAGUACCUGUACAUACAUUAAUGGCUACUGAUUUUCUUGUUGAUAGAAUAUCAAUCUUUACAUUUUCUUAUCAAUUUGCAGUUCUAUCAUUUGUCGUCUAACAAUAAUCAGUGGUGGAUUUAUAUAGGAACUAAUAAUGCUAAAGCCAGAACCAUUUCGGUCCCCCCUUUUUUUUUUUUAUUAACUCUAAGGAGCCCCUGAAAUAGUAUUAAUAUCAGGCCUUGAAAAGUCACUAACCGCCAUUGAUAAUAAUAUCGAAAAGUUAAAAAAAAAGGUUAAAAAAUGUCUAUCUGCAUCAACAAAAUAGAGAGAAAGUAAUAUUAUAUAUACUAUAUAUAUUAUGUUGUAUAUCAAUAUAAUAUUUCAAUAUAUUACUAGCAGCAAUUUUAAAUCAGAGUUUGGUUAAAGUCAUUUAGGUUUUGGGAAUAAACGAUUGCGCAUUGGAGUUUAAAGAAUUAGUGCUGUCAGUUUCGAGUACUCGAAUACUCGAGUAAUGUGGAUAUCCGGGUACUCGAGUGUAAAAAUUCCUGGAUUAUAGAUUCGUACUAACAGUUCUCUAUUAAAAUUUGUAAAUAAACUAAAUAACUACCGUUAGAAAAAUAUAUCUUUAUGUAGAAUUUAUAGGUAUAUUAAAUUAAAAAAUUUUAAAUUAUUAAAUUGUAUAAUAAUUGAUUCGUUAAGUAAAGUUUUUACCAUAACUGCUAAGGAUAACUGUUUAAUAAAAACUUUUUUACUUAGGUAAGGAUCUAACGAAUCAAUAUAUGAGAAUGUCACAUUAAUAUCAAUAAAUUCUAACUAAUAAUACGUACAACCAUAAAACAAAGAUUGGUGAAAUAUUGGUCGAUAGCAGAACAACAGUCCACAAGUAUAAACAGUCUAUAAAUAUAAGCUUGUAAUUAAUUAUAUUUGUAAUAAACAAUUUUGGAAAUGA